AUGAGCAGCAACAAGAACACCAACAGCUACAAACAGGUGAUCUUCAAGGCCUAUUUGAGCCAUUUUCUUGGUUCUUGGAGCUAUAGGCUGAGCUGAAAUCUCCAGUAAAGUCUCAGGAAAAGUCUUUCGGGAGGUUUCUCGAAAAUCCUUGACUUUUUAAGGGUCGUGGGAGGGCCAUAGUCUUUUUUUAAUCUAUAUAUAAGGUUCCUGACGCUCUCUGUUGCUCAAGGUUCUAAAAGAACUUGUUAAGACUCAGCUUAAUGCAAUCUUGGAACAGAACUUGUCUUAAUAAUCCGAAAAAAUCUUCAUAAAGGGUCUGAAGUCCCUUGAAGGCUUCUUGGACACCUCCUUUUCCUUUUGAGUGACCACUUAAGGGAAGAUCAAGCUCAGACAGCCAAGUGAAGUUUUUUCUGGAAAUCAGUCUCCUCAAGCCUAAUCUUCCGGAAAUCUUUUUUGAACCAUUUCGUUUCUAACGUCACUGGAAGCGUUACUAGGAAGCUUCCACCAAAACUUCGAGGAAUUUCAGAAAAUUUUUCUCUCAAGAAUUUCAAGCCGUCCUAAACCUAUCCAUUUCCAGUCCACCUUCGAAAGCAACCAGGGCGAGACGUUCACCGACUUCCUCCUGAAAUGGCUCGAAGCGCAGGACUUCUCGGAGAUCCAGGGCAGCUCGCCGACGUGCGUCUCCUCUACUGAAAUGCUCGGCAACCUUUUCGACGAAGCUCCGGCCCCGACGACGCCCGUCGACGUCGUCAGGCCCGUUUCGUGCCCGACGGUGAUUGACGACGGCUGCGACUAUGGCGUCGUGCCGCCGCGGCCGGUCAGAAGCUGCCCUCCAGUCUUUGAAGGUACCUUCUUCCGAGAAUGGCUUUGAUAAGCUUUUAUUUUCAGAUGCCGUUGUUCAGAAGAAGAAGCCGGUCUCCUUGUGAGCUUCGAACCCUUGCUUAGGUUCCGAACAGAAGAUUUUCAGCGAAAACCAACAGCCCUCAGUCUUCUUUUCGGAAUGGGAAACGCUGUCGAUGAUCUCUCCAGUCGCCUCGUCUUCUGUCGAGUUUGGAGAAGCUUGCGCCCGAAUGGCCAGACUGUUUGAAGACGUCAAGAGGAAGCCGAAAGCCAUCUCGUAAGUCUUUCUGAAGCUUUCUAGAAACUUUUCCCGGUUUCAGACCCCCGGAAUCGCUCCUCAGCGUCUUCAGAAACUACGCGUCCAGCGAAGACCUUUCGACGAUGCAGAUUUCGCCUCUCUGGGUGAACAGUUCGGACGGCGUACCUGUUUUGCCGGUCUUUGUCGGAAAUCCAGUUGAUUCGCUGCGUUUGAUCGAGUGCCGAAUUUUGAGCAAGGACAAGGAGAUGUCGCCGUGCGAGUGGAAUAAGGCUUCCGGUGAGUUUUGAGCCGAAGAUUGAGUUAAAACUGAACUUGCAUGAUGUGAACCUUAACGUCCUAGCCGAGGUUUUAGCCAAAGUUCUAGUCGAAGACCUGGUCAAGGUCCUAGCCGAAGUUCUAGCCAAAGUCCUACUCGAGGCAUUGGUCAAUCUUCUAGCCAGAUACCAAGUCGAAGACCAAGUUCAGUCCAAGUUCCAGCCGAAAUUCUAGUCAAAGACCUGGUCAAGACCUUUGCCGCAGUCUUAGUCGAAGACGUGGUCAAGGUCCUAGCCGAGACUUCAGUCAAAGUCCUUGUAGAAGACCUGGCCAAGGUCCUAUCCAAGGUCCUUGCCAAAGUUCUAGUCGAAGACCUGGUCAAGGUCCUAGCCAAAGUUCUAGACGAAGAUCUGGCCAAGGUCUUGUCCAAGGUCCUUGCCAAAGUUCUAGUCGAAGACCUGGUCAAGGUCUUAGGCAAAGUUGUAGACGAAGAUCAGGCCAAGGUCUUGUCCAAGGUCCUUGCCAAAGUUCUAGUCGAAGACCUGGUCAAGGUCGUAGCCAAAGUUCUAGCCAAAGCCCCAGUCGAAUCCCUGGUCGACACCUAGUCAUGGUCAUAGCCGAGGCUCGAGCCAAAGUCCUAGUCGGAAUCCUAGUCAAAGGUUCUAGCCGAGGUUCUAGCCAAACUCCUUGUAGAAGACCUGGUCGAGGUCAUAGCCAAGGUCCUAGUCGAAGACCUGUUCGAGGUCCUAAUCGAGGUUCUAGCCAAAGUCCCAGUCGAGGCCUUGGUCAAGGUUAUAGUCAAAGACCUGCUCAAUGCCCUAGCCAAAGUCCUAGUCAAAAAACUGGUCGAAUUCUUGAUCUUAUUCCUAGUAAGGUCCUAACUUUGCUCAUCGACGUAGCCCUAGCGUUUUCUUUUGUCAAGUUCAAAAAUUGUUCUUCUAUCCAUGCUCAUAUUCUACUUCUUUUCAGAAACCAACAUCACUUCGUCUAGCUCUACCCCCACUGACGGUAAAAAUCCUGUUUCAACCUACCUCUCCUCAAAAUCGAUCUUUCCAGAUACCCUCGACGCGAUCUCCGAUAUGAACUACGAGGCUUCAUCUGAAAGCUCCAGCCAAAAAUCGGCUAGCAAAACGAGCUCUUCGCUGUUUGUGCCACGUCGCAAGGACAAGAAGAAGCUGACGGUCACGUCGACUUCCAGCACCUUCACGGUCAAGAAAGGUGAGGGUAAAAAUAUAUUUGGAGAGUAAUCUUCUCAAAUAGCAUAGCUAGGCUUGGAGAAGUGCAUACUUGCUCCGAAGUUGAAAUACUAACUUACAAGCUCAAACGUCCCUUGUUAUUUAGCCAGGCUCCUAAGUCGCUUUUAAGAAGUUGAAGCAGGCUUUUAGGAAGGCAAGCCACGCUUUCAAAAAGAAUGGUCGUACUCUCAAGAAGCCUAGUCAUACUCCUUAGAAAAUUCAAUCAAGCUUCUUAGUAAGCUCCCCAAGAGAUACGAUCGUAUUUCUGACGACUCCUCUUCAGAGAAGUCUAGCCGUGCUCCCAAAGAGAAUGGUCGUACUUUCAAAUAGCCUAGUCUUGCUACUUUUAAAAUCAAGCUUCUAGAAAAUCAGUGGUUCUAGAACACGUGGUCGUACUAUGAGGAAGUCUAGCCUCACUUCGGAGAAGUCUAGCCGUGCUCCGAAAAAGUCUAGCCAUACUUCUUAAAAGUUUAGUCAUACUCUCGAAUCAUCUAGCCAUACUCCCAUUAGCCUAACCUCACUACAGAGAAGUGUAGCCGUGCUUCUAGAAAAUUUAGCCGGUCCUGAGAAGUAGCCAUACUCCUAAGAACGUUUGGUCAUGCUUUCAAAAGAUCUAGCCGUACUUUUAAGGAGUCUGAACUAGAAAUCUAGCCGUGUUUCCAAAAAGCUUAGCCGUGCUCCCAAAAAGUCUAGCCAUACUCCUUAGAAGUUUAGUCAUGCUUUUGAAAAAUCUAGCGUACUUCCAAGGGUCCUAACCCCACUUCCGAGAAGUCUAGUCGUGCUCCUAGAAAAUUAGCCGUGCCAAUGAAGUUUAGCCAUGCUCUCCAAUAACUCAGCCGUAUUUUCAUGGAGUCCGACUUCACUUCCGAGUAGUCUAGCCGUACUCUUAAGAUUUUUUGGUCGUUCUCUUGAAAAAUCUAGCCGUACUCCCAAAAAGUCGAGUCAUGCUCUCAGAAAGCCUAGCCAUGCUCACAUUUCUUCUAGACGAUCUAGCUCAACGAGAACCUCUCCCUUUUCAGCCAAAAGCGAGAGCUCCCGCCUGAACCUGUCGAUCUCGACCUGCACCUCGACGACCGACAGCGGCGUCUUCUCGCUGUGUGAGUGCUGCGAGGAGCGAGUCCAGCACGAGGAGCGUCUGGAGCGCCGUCUCAAGCUCCAGAACAAGGUCAUCAAGCUGCUCGUCAAGCUCAAUAGCGACUUCAUGCUCGAUUAUUGA